CCAACACUUUUGACUGCACCAUGCUGCGACUGCGACUCUUGGCUUCACUCCAGCACUGCGACCACCAACUCUCGCGGCUUGGCAUUUGCUCUCCUGCCAGCUCUGUGUCAAUCUCUUUCUCAUCUCGACGCGCUACUCCACCUCGGCGCCAUUUGGCACUGACCAUCGACUCGAGGCUGCGCACGCAGCCCUCUCACGCGUCGUAGCACCUCCGCUAGUCAACGGAGGCCUCCUUGUAUGCUCCCUUCGUCACACCUCACACCUAAACCUCGCCAGUCUCAGCUGCCAACGCGGCUCUCUGAGCGACAGCACGCCCACUGAUCCGGCCUCGCAGCAUGUGUGCCUCGAUGAAUUGUCCUCUGUUACAGUGUCGGUAGUGCCCAACGCCCAAAUUUCGUGCUGCAGAGGGCUGACACGAUGAGGGUGCUGUGUGUGGCCGAGAAGCACUCUGUCGCCAAAUCGCUCGCAGACAUACUCAGUGGAGGUCGUGCGCAGUCGCAACCAGCGCUGGAUCAGUACACUCGCAAUCUCAGCUUUCCCUACACGCUCAAUGGCAGGGGCGUCUCGGUGGUCAUGACGUCCGUGCGAGGUCACCUCUAUUCCCACGACUUUCCUCCCUCCUACCGAUCCUGGCAAUCUUGCCAACCUUCUGCACUGUUCGAUGCUCCUCUUCGCACAUUCGUCACGCCUGGCUUGGAAAAAGUGGCUCAAAAUCUCAAAAAUCUAGCCAGAACCUCGGACGAAUUGAUCAUCUGGACGGAUUGCGACAGGGAGGGCGAGAUGAUUGGCAAGGAGGUCGAGAUGGCUUGCAGGGAAGGCAACCACAGGAUCAUCACCAAGAGGGCGAGAUUUAGUGCCAUUGUAGCAGCUCAAAUCCACGCAGCUAUGCGAUCCCCCGUUGCGCUCGACCACUUGGCAGCAUCUGCGGUGGAGGCGCGCAUCGAGCUAGACUUGCGGUUGGGUGCAGCUUUCACCCGCUUGCAAACUCUGCGCCUUCAAAAAGAAUUUGGAGAACUCAACAAGGCGGUCGUGAGCUGGGGCCCGUGCCAAUUUCCAACCCUGUCCUUCGUCGUGCAGAGAUACGUCGACGCCAUCACUUUUUUGCCGGAAGCCUUCUGGUACCUCUCACUCUACCAUCGAAAGGACGGCGUCGAUGUCACCUUCAAGUGGGACCGCGGUCACCUCUUUGAGGAAGCCGAUGUGCGCAGGCGGCUAGUCGCGUGUCGGGGACAAAUGUGCCGCAUCAAGGAUGUGAAGCGCAAAGAAGUCAGCAAGUUCAAACCAUAUCCGCUCACGACGGUCGAGCUACAAAAGUCAGCCUCACGCUUGUUGCGCUUGUCCCCUAAAAGGAUUUUGGAUGUGGCGGAAAAGCUGUAUCAAGGAGGAAUACUCUCCUACCCUCGUACCGAGACUGAUCAAUACGAUGCGUCUUUCGACUUUCUGAGUCUCAUACGCAAACAGUGUGGCGACGCCUCGUGGGGAAACUUUGCCCGCUCGCUUCUGGGCGUCGGCUCGAACGCAGAGCCAACCGAUGCCAACGCAGAGGAAGGGCCAAUCGCUGUACAACCCGGAGGAACUUUCUCUCGACCGCGUAAUGGCAAGAAAAAUGAUCACGCACAUCCGCCGAUCCACCCCACCAGGCACGCCAGUAAUCUCUCGGGGGACGAAAAGAGAGUCUACGAGUAUGUCACUAGGAGAUUCCUUGCUGGGUGUCACCUUGACGCCAAGGGACUGCAGACGAGUGUCGCUCUCGAGCUCGGUACCGAAGGUUUCAGCGCUUCUGGCCUCCAAAUAUUGGCUCGAAAUUAUCUCGAUGUCUUCACGUACGACACUUGGUCGACGUCCAUUCUUCCUGCUUACACCGUGGGACAAACCUUCUCGUCUGCUCCCCCGGACGCCGAUCUCAGCAUCAAGGAGGGGGCGACCACAGCGCCCAAAUUGCUAACGCAAGCUGAUCUCGUCGCUUUGAUGGACCGCAACGGUAUUGGGACGGACGCGACAAUUGCUGAACACAUCGAAAAAGUCUGUGAAAGGGGCUACGUAUUCGAGACAACUUCGAGUGAGGAUGCAGAGGGGGGCUCAGAUGGCAGGUCUGGGCGUGGGAGAGGCAGAGGCAGAGCUAGAGCAAACGCGCGAGCCUCUGCGCGUGCGACAGGAAGAGGAGCCAGCAGUGCUGCAUCGCGGUCCGGCGAGCCGAACGGUGGCAGGGUCACCUAUCUAGUUCCUUCUACGCUAGGCAUGGGCUUGGUUCUUGGUUAUGACGCCAUUAGAUAUCCAGCGACGACCGGCUCAGCGCCCGGUGCAUCGACUUCCGACGUGCCCAAUCCUACUGGAACUGGAGGUCUUUGUGGGCCGCAACUAAGGCGUGAGACCGAAGCAAGGCUCCUUCGCAUUACUACCGGCCAGUCGACGAAGAGUGAGAUCCUUCAGGAAAGCCUGGCCCAGUACAGGGAGAUGUUCAUUAUCUCCACGCGCGAGCUUGGCACCGUCGUUGCGAGUGUGCGAAAGUACCUGAGAGGUGUGGAACAAGGGGACGAAGACGCCGCCACAGAGGGAACUACUGGUGGCGGAUCCGACGGUCCGCCAGCUGGCCCCGCUCCGGAUCAGCCCAGGGCGCCGAGCACCAACCAGAACCUUAGUCCAGUACGGUCACGCUCUGUCACUGUUAGUCGCUCGGAGCCUGACGUGACCUAUGCUCCGGAGCACAGGCGCUCGUACCUUCCUCCCUCAUCGACCGGAUCUGCAGCUCGCCAUGCAAACUUACCUGCUCCUGUCAGGACUGGUUUCAACCCGGAGACUGCCAUUGUCUUUGACGACGACGACUCGGACGAUGACAUUUUUCACGACGUCUCCGAACCCUCACGGGCGUCCGCGGACACCAGCUCUGGUGCUUCACGGCACGGCAGGACCAGACUUGCCAUCCAGGCUAACGGACACGUGCAAGCGGUCGCAGGUCCAAGGUCGACCCAGCGAUUGUCGAAUGGUGUCGAGCGCCUCGGAUCGUCCGCCGGCAAAUCAUCCGUUGCUCCUCCGCGACGUAUUGUAUUUCAAGACGAGCUCGACGGUUCUCCGCCCGUCGACGAUGAUGGAUUCGAGAUGCUAGACGAGCAAGCUAUGCUAGAAGCUUUGAUCGAAAAUGACGACGCUCACAGGCAUCCCUCCCCAGUCCCUUCGUUCAACGAUCAAACGGUCGAUCACCGCGACGGCCAUCUCGAAGGCUCCGGUCCUGCGAAUGGUCCCAAUCGGCCGGAGGCUCUACAAGCCAGCGUUGCUGAUCGUCGGCUUGACAGAACCACCACGGCUCUGGCGUCUAGAGCCACUCCCAGCAAUGUUCAACGGGGUCAUAGACGGCCAGAAGUGACAGCUCCUGACCUCUCCGAUCGGUCCUUUGCCUCAGCUAGUUCUUCACGCUCGAUGAACGCCUCGACCUCAACGCUAGCCUCGGCGGCGUCCAGUCGGACUUCGGCUGCUUCAUUUGAGACACCUCAUUGUCGAUGCUGUCGACCCUCUGUGACGCGCACAGUAAACAAGACGGGAGCAAAUCAGGGGCGGCAAUUUUACGCAUGUUCAGCACCGAAGGAGGAAGGUGGUUGCGGAUUCUUCGCAUGGACAGAUGCCGACGGCGCCGGAGCGUUGGGGUCUAACGCUGCUGAUCUUUCUCCAAACGCUCAGAUCAGACACUUGCGGCGUCUGGCUGAGCCUCCAAAAGAUCAAACUCCAGCAGUCAGGUGCAGAUGCGAUUUGGACGCUAAAGUGUGCCAAGUCAACAAGGACGGUCCGAACAAGGGACGACACUUUUACACUUGCUCGAAAGAGUCGACCAUCUCCCGAUGCGGUUUCUUCGAAUGGGUUUCCGAGGACGGCGCCAUAUCCGGUAGCCUCGGUAUCACCUCAGGAUCGUCUGGCGACGGGACGUGCUUCAGAUGCGGUCAGCCGGGCCAUUGGGCUAGUAGCUGCCCUCAGCAAGAAGCGGAUGGAUGGGAUGUGCGGCACAAGGCAGGGGAUCGCAAUGUUCCGGGGCCAAGUAAGAAGAGGAAAUCAUGA